AUGGGCUGCGGCUGCUCCAAGAAACCGGCGCGGCCGAAAGUGUAUGACCCCACUCCUGAUCCCAUCACAGGACUGACGCAGAAGGACCGGGAUAUGAUUGUGGACAGUUGGAAAAUUAUAGGGAACAGGAACGCCAUCAAACAGAACGCCGUGGAGUUCUUUAUGAUGCUCUUUGCAGCGUACCCACAUAUUCAGAAUUACUUUGGCAUUUUCAAAAACAAACAACUUUCUGAGCUGAGGACCAGUCCGAAGAUAAAAGUGCAUGCCGCCAGCGUCUUCUACUUCCUCAACUCUUAUGUUGAGAACAUCCAGGACACAGAAAAAUUCAUGGGCCUGGUUGAGAAGAUGGCCGUGGCUCAUAUUGCGCGAGGCAUCAAUGUGGAAGAAUUUGAGAAAAUUCGGAUUAUAUUUAUCAACUUCUUGAAGUACAUACUAGGCUACCACUAUACUCCGGAGGUUGAACGAGCCUGGGACACACUUUUGAGGGCCCAAAUUGCCGUUUAUAAGCAAAUAGAAGAAUCAAUAAAAGCAAAACAGGAAUCAGCAGACACUGACUUUAGUGACGUAUAA